ACAGUAUAGGAGAUGAACAGAGACUGCGGACAUACUACAGGAGAUGACCAGAGACUGCGGACAUAGUACAGGAGAUGACCAGAGACUGCAGAUAUACUACAGGAGAUGACCAGAGACUGUGGACACAGUACAGGAGAUGACCAGAGACUGCAGACAGUACAGGAGAUGACCAGAGACUGCGGACAUAGUACAGGAGAUGACCAGAGACUGCAGACAGUACAGGAGAUGACCAGAGACUGCAGACAUACUACAGGAGAUGACCAGAGACUGCAGACACAGUACAGGAGAUGACCAGAGACUGUGGACAUAGUACAG